CCUGCACGGGGGCGAGAAAGGGGGCCUGAGGUGGACGCGGCGCAGGCGCAGUCUGCGCGGUUCCUGCUGGGGCCCCGGAACGGUGAGAGCGACCGGCCCCAUGGAUGACGAGGAGGAGACGUACCGGCUGUGGAAGAUCCGCAAGACCAUCAUGCAGCUGUGCCAUGACCGUGGCUACCUGGUGACCCAGGAUGAGCUGGACCAGACGCUAGAGGAGUUCAAAGCCCAGUUUGGGGACAAGCCAAGUGAAGGGCGGCCACGACGCACUGACCUCACCGUGCUAGUGGCCCACAACGAUGACCCCACGGAUCAGAUGUUCGUCUUUUUCCCAGAGGAGCCUAAGGUGGGCAUCAAGACCAUCAAGGUGUACUGCCAGCGGAUGCAGGAGGAGAACAUCACACGGGCCCUCAUCGUGGUGCAGCAGGGCAUGACGCCCUCUGCCAAGCAGUCACUGGUCGACAUGGCCCCCAAGUACAUCCUGGAGCAGUUUCUGCAGCAGGAGCUGCUCAUCAACAUCACAGAGCAUGAGCUGGUCCCAGAGCACGUGGUCAUGACCAAGGAGGAGGUGACAGAGCUGCUGGCCCGGUAUAAACUCCGAGAGAGCCAGCUGCCGAGGAUUCAGGCCGGGGACCCCGUGGCGCGCUACUUCGGGAUUAAGCGGGGGCAGAGAGAGGGACUGUGGCCCCCACUCUGGGCCGGGGGCAUGCUGGCCGGCCUGCCCCCCAGGAAUCUUGCUGUUCUGGACCCCGAGGUGGCACUACAUGGGUUUGCCUUCCUGGGCUGAGCCCCAGCCCAUACCCGUGCGAGGGCACCACAGGGAGGCCUUGGCCGCCCGCCCACCCUAGCCUCCGUGUCUUCUGCACCCCCACCCCCAGCCUCCCAUCACCACAACCCCUGCCCUGUCAGGUGGCCCUCGUGCCCUGACCUGUCGUCUGGAGUUGCUGUUGCUGUUGCUGUUGAAUGCUGGUGUUUUUACAAUUAAAGAUAUUUUGAGGAAACAA